AUGAGUGCCUUGCAAGAGUCUCAAGCUGGCGUGCUCUUGUGGUCAAACGUCGCAUUUAUUGUCAAGUCUCGGUACGGGCUCGGUACAGUGCUUUAUCUCGCCUGCAGUUACUUGCCAUCUGUCUUUCUGUUACUGAAUAUGCUUGGUGUAGGGAUGCUGUCGAUAUUUUCCACCGAGUGUAUCUUCCUACUCAGAUCACUUGCAGUAUGGCAGCAGGAGAGAAGGUUCGCGGUGGUCAAGAUCAUCAACAUCAUUGCCUAUCUAGUGCCAAUUAUCGUCUGCUUUCAGCAAUUUAACUCGUCAGCGGGAGAAUGUUCGAUCCCUGGGGGUAUCAGAUAUGUGGAUACGAAGGCAAAGUCUUUCGUGAUUGUGGUGUACUGCUUGCUAGGUGUUGCCGAGUUAGAAAUCUUGGUGUGUGUGCUGUAUCGCGCGGUCGAGAGUCAUGGUGGCUGGAGGAUCGAAAACCGACUUAUGCGUGGUCUCGUGCAUCACAAUCUAUUGUACUUUGGCUGCAGCUUUGUGCAGCUUUUUCUCUUGGUGUCGUCCUCGCUACGACCUUCCUUCCGAGUUUGUGUGUUCUCAUUUGGAGGAAGUGGUGGUUACUUAUUCGGCAACAGAACUCAGGUCGUUGCUUUAUCUCUCUUGGUCACGCGAAUGCACAGGGACUUCUGGAGAUCGGACCGUGCCGCUUGUAGCAUGGACGGAGUGGAUAUCUCUCUCACAACGUUCAUGACAGCAGCGCCAGAUCUUAUGUGA